AUGAAUGAUAAUGUGAAUCAAGGAAAAAUUCAACAUCAAGUAAUUUCAUCAAAGGCGUUAAUGAUCAUUGGCAUUGGAUUAUUAACUUUGGCAAUUAUUUUUGUUGAAUGUCAAUGGCUAAGAGCAUUAGAAUCAUUGAAAAAUCGUAUUUUAAUGAAUUGUGAAAGUAGUUCUACAACUGCGUGUUUUGGAAAUGCGAAAAAAUUCGAGAGUAUUUGUCAAUGGUACUUUUUAAACUAUACAUCAAGUUCGUGGGAAAACAUUUGGUUUACAAAUAUUGAAGAAUUUCAAUAUAAUGUUUGUGAAAGAAUAGCAGAUGCAAAAAAUUUAAAUAAAACGGUGCUAGCCGUUGAACGAUUAAUGGAAUUGCAAAAAUUUGGAAGAAAUCGCACUCAAAGUGAUAAACAACACGCUGAUGAGCUUCUAUCGAAAAUGUUUUAUCGACAGGAAUGUAUCAAUCCAUUAACAAAAGUAUCUUUUCAAGAAGUAGAAGUGUCACAAGUCAUUGAACCACUCAUUGGUUUACUACGAGAUCCUUUAACGAUAUGUAAUCGUAUUAAUUCAUUAUCUGCCUCUGAUUAUGAAGGCGCAGCACUUCAGUCAAAACGAUUUUUCUUAUUAUCAGUGGCAGCUCCAUUUUAUAUUCAUUCAUCACAACAAAAUCAUAGGGGCAAUUUACAAAUCAAUAUUCAGUCAAAUAAACGCAAUACGAAUGUACUUCCUUGGAUGUAUCAAAGAUCGAAAUUAAAUUUGUUAGACACGGAGUUAGAUAUAGAUACGAGAAAUGGACAGAACAUUCUAAUUGAUUUGGGAAGUUCCUAUUUUGGAAAUUGGGGUAGUGAUUCCAGUGCUGCUGCAGGACGUUGGUUUUAUGAACAUUACAAGCAUUUUGGUGUUAAAUUUGAUCGUAUUAUUGCUUAUGAGCAUGCUCCAUUAGAUCCCAAAACUGCUUGGAAUCAGUUACCUGACGAUGUAUUUCCUGUUUAUAGUCUAAUUAAUGUUGGUUGCGCAACAAGUGGAAAAUUCAAUCCAUGGGUAAUGUUGAAAGCACUAGCUAAACCACAUGACCAUGUUGUUAUUAAGCUAGAUAUUGAUACUCCAGCAAUUGAGAUUCCUCUAAUGGAUCAACUUCUAAAUGAUUCAUCCAUUAAUUCCUUAAUAGAUGAAGUAUUCUUUGAACAUCAUAUAUCUGUGAGAGAAAUGAAACAAUAUUGGGGAAAUCCACCAGGAAAUUUAAAAGAUUCGUACGUUUUGUUUACGAAAUUGCGACAACUUGGAAUUCGUAUGCAUUCAUGGCCAUGA